UUACGAAAUCUGCAGUGGUGAAAUCUUGCUAUUCUCAUGGUUUCUGGUAAAGAGAGUCAGGAGGUAGAUCAUUAACUCUGCUUAUUUACAAAGCAGCUUGUUUUUAAAAAAGACCUGUAUCUCUUUCUAUGCAGAAGUCUAGCCCUGUGGUCCGAGGUGAAGAACGACCCGAACAAGAUGAGGAUUAUUCUGCUCACUCUCUGUGUUUGGUUGUGUCAGGCCAGCACAGAAGAGCUAAAAAACUGUCAGAGACCAUCGCUUCACAACGGCUUUCUAGUCCCUCGGCAGGACGCCUACAAUCACGGCACCAAAGUUUCCUACGGCUGUAAUUCUGGUCUGAAACCUGUUGUUGAAACAUGGUGGGGAGAGUUACUGUGUGGAAACGGUGAAUGGUCCCACACCCCCCACUGUGUUUCUAUGAGUGACUGUAUCGCACCAGUUGUGCCACACGCCACACCAAAGCCAUCACAGGUGUCAUAUCCUGUUAACAGCACAGUUACCUUUGUUUGUGAUAAAGGCUACGAGUUUGAAAAAAAAGAACUGAGACAAGUAGUAUGUGAAAAUGGAGAAUGGGGCCCCCUGCCGACGUGUAACCGAAAUAAGAAUGCAUGUGAUGCCCCCAGCCAUGUUCCUAAUGCAUUGAUCACACAACCAUACCGGGAUACGUUUGAAGAAGGUGAAACAAUUGAAUACCGUUGUAAGGAGGGGUACAAGUUCGAGGGAAAGGGUACCAGCACAUGUGAGAAAUCUAAAUGGGAUCAUACACCCAAGUGUGGAGGUUCUGAGGGUCCAGUAAUUUCCUACGUCGGUGAAUGUGGAGACUACCCCCCUAUUAAAAAUGGAAAUUUUGAUGUGGAUCGAUAUUCAUUAACAUUCCGGUGUUAUCCACCUUACAAACUCAGAGGACCAAAACAAGUAAUGUGUCUUAGUGGACAAUGGUCAGAGGUGCCUGUUUGUGAAGUAGAAUCUGAUGUUCCCAGUGGGCCAGGACCUUCCCACGCUCUCUGUGGAGAUUACCCCACUAUUGAACAUGGAGAUGUUACGGAGGAUCGAGAUCGGAGGGUAUUAAAAGUUCAGUGUGCUGCACUUUACAAACUCGAAGGACCAAAAGAAGUAAGGUGUGUUAACAGGAAAUGGUCAGAUCUGCCUGUUUGUAAAGCUCCAUGUAGACUGGAUCAGUCUAAGUUUCAGUAUCGUCAAAGAGAGUACAUGCAGCAUGGAGAACAGGACUGGUUUUUUUGUCUUUCCUCUCCGUCCUAUGUACAGGUCAAAUGUGAUAACGGAAGAGCGCUCUACAGAGGAUGUGGUGAUCGCGAUUGGUGAGAUCUGUGUGAACGUCUUUCUGCUACAGCUUUUACUGAAACACACAAAACUGCAGAGCGACUGGAACGACCUGUAACUGCUUUAACUUUAAGCGUUACUGUAAUGUUUCUCAGAACGUCUGAUUAAACGCAGAUCCUACAUAGAGAA